AUGUCACAAGAAGCAGCUAUCUCUGAACCUGAACACGUAUUGGAUGAGAAUCAGCUGGCGGUGAUCCGGAAGAUACAAUCCAAUACUGAUUCUACCGGAAAUGCCAAAAAGGUGGGACUUUUACGUUAUUGAUAACAUCAAGGGUUUAUGUUGCAAAUGCUUUGUGAGAUAUUUUGAGGAAAUCAUGCUGUAUUACGGUUUUUUAGGAGAAACGUGCAAAACGCAUAAAUGUGGAGGAGUUGUUGGAAUCAUCAAAUGAACAAAAUAAAUCUCAGAAUUGGCUAGACCGGCAGAUGCGAAUCCGAGCCCAUCAUCAACAUCUUUUGGAAGCUGCCGCGCAACCUGAACUACAGACUGUAAAUGCGCCAGGAUUCCCAAAAGCAGCACACUCUGCGAAUCCAACAUCCACGUUUGUGAAGCCCGAUAUGAUGAUUGGUGCAUUUACUGCUGGUUUGACUACUCAGCAAGCAAUAACAGAAAUGCCACUUCCUGGUACUGUUUGUGUUUUUUAUAGGUUAAAACUUUUUUAUUAGAUUUCAUCACGUUUCAUGGAUAGUAUAGUAGUCAAACAGAUUUCCUUCCUUUCGUCUUGGCUUUAUGUUCUAACUAAAAUUUAUUUUCAGGUUUUCCGAAAGGUCUUUUUGGAAAUUCUGUGAAGAGCGCGAAGGACUUAUCGUCGAGCGCUGAGUCGAAUCCCGUUUUGGACGUUCUUUUUGGAUUGGAUAAAGAAAACAAAAAUUCGGGAGCAAAUCUGAUAAACAGUCUGACUAGAUCCCCUGGUCACAGCUUGGAUCUCUCCUCAACUGUUGCCGCAUUGUUGAAUCCGCUGAAAGCCUCGUCGAAUACUGCCGUCUAUCCAAAUACCAGUGUGGUACUGCAAGAUCGUGGAAAUUCUCAGAAUCAGAAGAUGAGAAAGCCUUACUUCUUACCUUACAUGAACGCUGAGAAUGUUGAGAGAGGACUCAGGAAUGGCGAUCUUAUAAGAGUAAUUUCUUUUUCUUUUUUCUAUUUUUUUAGGGAAUCCUCCGCAUCAACCAGAGGAACUUUGAAGAAGCGUACAUUGAUAACCCGGAAGGUGAUGAAAUGCAGGACAUUAUGAUCCUUGGAGUCCAUGACAGAAACCGUGCUCUUCAUGGGGAUGAAGUUAUUGUCCGUCUGAAGGACAGGAACCAUUGGAUCAUUCGUGAUAGUCUCUACGAAGCAUGGAGGACCGGGCAUAUGAAGAUUACUUGUGAUGAAGAUGGGACUCCUCUCACUGUUCCUCCUGUAAAGUCCGAGGAUAAGGAUGUCACCGAGAAGGAACAAUUCGCCCAAGCCAUAGAAUUCCUACCCGCCGCUCAUCAAAUGAAAUUGGAUAAAGACAAGUUGAAGGAGCCCGUUCCUCAUCCAAAAAACAAGAGAUAUUCUCAGGAAAUGGUUCUUAAGAUCGCGGCUCAAGUAAGACUUAUUCCCAAUAUUAAUUGCUAUUUUUCAGAUGGAAAUGCAAAGAGUUCAGCAGGAGAAUCGUAUUCUUCAAACAGGGAAGAAGGCCGAAACUUCUGGAGAACGUCGCGCACCACCAGUUGAGUUGGAUACAAAGUCCAUGAAUCAAAUCUCCAGGUUGAAUUUGACCAGGAACAACAAAUUAACACCUGGCCAGAAUGAUUCUUCGCAGAACGGAACGUUCAGUGGUGGCAAAAGGAGCGGUCAAAGCACCAAUACCCUCCAAAGACGUCUAAAUUAUCGUGUGCUGGGUGACAUGCCCGAUGAUGAUUGGGGAAUUCCCGACGUGUGUCUUCAGAAGACAGCAGAAGUUGUAUAUAUCUACUCAAUGAAGAACUGUAGAACAACCGUAGGCCAGUUGAAGGUGAUGGCGGACGGAAAUCGGAACUGGGGAUUGUUUUCUCCGAAUGACUCCCGCUUUCCUCGAAUGUUUAUUGCUGCCAAUGAAUUGCCUCAGGGCUUCUUCGAACGUCCUCACGACUUCGCGAAGUAUAUCUAUAUUGCGAAGAUUGCGGAAUGGCAAGCCACAGCUCAAUUUGCCCGAGGAACCUUGUACAAAAGUCUGGGAACUGUUGGAGACAUUGAUGCAGAGACCGAAGGGCUUUUGAUGUCGAACGAUGUGGACACCCGCGAGUUCUCCGCUUCCUCUUUGACUUCUCUACCUCUUGUUGAAGGGCAGACUUGGUCGAUUGAUGAGGUGGGAUUUGUUUUUUAAACUUUAUUUUAAUUUUAGGCCGAAUUAAAAUAUAGAAAGGACUUCCGAAACGAAUGUCUUUUUACGAUUGAUCCCUUGACUGCCCGAGAUCUCGAUGAUGCUUUGCAUAUAAAACCCAUUGAUGAUUGCGAUGGAAAGGGAAAUAAGGGAUGGGAAGUUGGAGUACAUAUUGCCGAUGUUUCCUACUUUGUGAAACCGAACACGGAGUUGGACAAAUGGGCCGAACACCGGGCUACAUCAGUUUACCUGGUCCAUAAAGUAAAUUUUGCUAGAACUGCUGUUAUUAUUUUUUAGGUAAUUCCCAUGCUCCCACGAGUCCUAUGUGAAGACCUCUGUUCUUUGAACCCAGGUGUUGAUCGCUUAACCUUUUCGGUGGUCUGGAAAAUGGAUGAAGAAGGCAACGUCAAAAGUGAAUGGUUUGGGCGGUCCGUGAUCCAUUCGUGUGUUAAGUUGGCCUACGAACAUGCCCAAGCGAUGAUUGAAAAUCCAGAAGAAGACGUGAAAGAAGAAGCGAUUCCGAAAAUCUUUAACGAGAAAAAGGCUAGCCAAGUUAAGGAAUGUGUUCUUAAUUUGAAUAGUUUGGCACAGAAAAUCAAAAAAAGAAGGAUGGACGGAGGAUCUUUGAGGUUGGAUGGAGAGAAGUUGAAGUUUGCUUUGGAUCAGGAUAAGGGAUUGCCAAUUGGAAUUGCGGCGGAAGAGGUAAGGAAGAAGAUGACGACUGACUCUUAUUUCAGCGUAAAGAGGCAAACUUUUUGGUUGAAGAAUUCAUGUUAUUGGCCAAUCAAUCAGUUGCCAUGAAAAUCGAGAGUCAUUUCCCUGAGACUGCUCUGCUCCGAAGACAUCCGCCUCCAAAGCAAAAGGUCCUCAGAGAGACUGCAGAGAAGCUCGAAUUGUUACAAUUCCCCAUCAACAUUGAGAGUAGCCACUCCAUUGCACAGUCCUUGAGUGACUAUUAUGAGGAUCCUGAACUUCGCUACACGGUGUUCCCAGUUCUGGUCCAGUUUAUGAUGAAAUGUAUGCAGCUUGCCGUGUAUUUUUGUGCAGGAACCAGAAAAGACUUUCACCAUUAUGCCCUCAAUAUGGACCAGUAAGUGGUUUUUGUGACAAGUAAAUUCUUUCCAGCUAUACCCAUUUCACGUCUCCGAUUAGAAGAUAUCCUGAUAUAAUUGUUCACCGAUUGUUGGCUGCUGCUCUCGAGUACACAACUCCACCAGAACAUACCGUAGAAGAGUUGGAGAAGAUCUGUGUUCAUUGUAAUGAGAAGAAGGUGAAUGCCAAGGCAGUUAGCGAUCAGUCAGCUGAGAUGUUCUUUGCUCUUUUCAUCAAGGGAAUCGGAUCUCUGGAAGCUUUGGGCGUUGUCACCGGUGUCCUGGAUUCAGCUGUGGACGUUCUCUUGCCCAAAUAUGGACUCAUUAAACGAGUUUACACAAAUGUAAGACACGAGAGUAUUUUUAGCUAAUCAUAUUUGCAGAGGCUCAAGCUGACCAGAGACUGUAGAUUCAUCGAGGGUACCCCUGGCGCCUUGAUUCUCUACUGGGAUCCAAAUUAUGUGGCCCAAGUUCGUAAUCUAAAGAAGUCUGAGUUGAAAGAAGUGAAGGAAGAUGACAUAUCGGAAGAACAAGUUACCUUUGAAUACGACAGCGAUGAAGAAGAAAAGGCCCAGAAGAGUGCAGACGUGGAAAGUGAUGGCGAGAAGGAGACAAAAGAGACUUACUGCCAUGCCAGUGAUUACGAACAAAGUCUGACAGUGUUCUCCUUGAUCAAGCUGGUCUUGAGUCCUUGUCCCGAACCUGUCAAGUUUGUGGCCACCAUUCUCCCGACCCCGGAUAAAUACAAAAUGCGGCCCAAAGAGAUCAAAAAGUUGUUGUCAUAG